UACUCACUUGAAUGUAUUAUUCAUUUUCAAAUGAUGGAUCUGUUUGACUCAACAGCUUCAUCACUGCUAAUCUGUUAUCAGGAACAGCACAGCAACACAAGUUAGAUCCUAUUUCUUUGCUGGAUAAUCAAGAUUAUAAUCAGUCCUUUCUUUUGUUGAAGCAUUAGUUUUUACCACAAUAAAUAUAACAUUUAAGUUUAAUACAAACAUCUUCGUUAAUCAGGAUGAAUUGAGUCAAAAAAGCAAAACUUUGCAAAGUUCUGGUGAAAUACAAUCAUUCGUCAGAGCUUUAUACAUCUUUAUCUAACUGCAGCAGACAGCCAUCUCGGGUUGCCAGGUGUCAGAGUGAGAAAACAAAAAAACUCACUGCACACCUGAAUCUCAUCUGUGAAAAGGACAAUGAGGAAGUGGCCAUGUAACAGAAACACGGCGUGAAGGUCUGCUGAGGCCCAACUGAGACGUCCUGAAGCUGGAAGUGGAGACUUGGUGGAGGGUGGGCGACUGGAGAGACAGAGGUCUUCACAGGUGUUUCCUCUGAGCGUUGAGCAUCAAUUUGUGCAAACAUGAAUCCCAUGUGGAAGGUUUAUAAAGGCAAAGUGAUGAAGACUCUGAAUCCUGAGUAUGAGGAGGAUACUGCAGAGGAGGUCACAGAGGUAGAACAUGACAUGAGUCCAAUACAGGAAGAUGAAGGGCCCAACUCCGUCUCUCAGCUGGCCAGAAAGAUGCAGGGGGCCGGGGCUAAAAGCUGGAACAGGUUUUCGUCUCUCUUCAACAAAGAGGAUGAGCACCAGCUUCUGGAGGAGACCGAGUGCCCGCCUGUCGCUGAUCACCCUCUCGCAGUAAAACCUGAAGAACCUCCUCGACCGACCAGGCGCAGUGGAUUCUGGGAUAGUUUUGCAACCAACUUUGCUGCAAAGAAGCAGGCCGAAGCUGCUGCUGCUGCUGCAGCUGCAAAUGAGGGUGUGGCAGAGUCAAGUGAAGAAGGAGCGACUCAGGCUGCAGAGGAGGAGCAGCAGGUCGGCCCGACUGAGGAGACGGAAGCAGGAAGCAGCAGCAACAGCAGCUUCUCUAAAUAUGUGACGCUGGGAGGGAGCAGCGAAGAGGCCUCCUUUAAGUGGAACUUUGUUACCAGCAAGCUGGCAGAGCUGAAAACCAAGGGCAUGGUGAAUAAGACCAACUGAUCGCUACAAAGAUGUCUUCUAACAUUCUUACAAAAUGUUACAGCAAAUCAUAUUUACUUUAACUUUAUUUCAUUAUAAUCUCAUUUGAUUG